UUGGAGCUCUUAAUGGACAUGCAAAUUUUUAGCUCUGAUUUAAGGGAAUAGUCGUAAAAUUUUCUCAUUAGGUUAUCAAAUUAGGUGAUGACGUUUUUAUUACAUUUUCUGUUGAAAAUGUUUCGAGAAGUUUUAAUUUAAUUAGAUUAAGGGCUGAUUUUUCAAGAGCCAGAUAAAACGUCAAGUAGCUAACUGAUCAAUAACUUUAUCUGAUUCUUUAACGAACCAAUAAAGAGUUUCAAUUUUUCAAAGCAUAGUUACCAGUCAGUUUACUACCUGACCUUUUUUUGUGACUAGCUUCACACUACAUCUGUGUGAGCGAGACGCGCUUAUGAACAUUUACAGAUCUAAGAAAGAGACAAACAAUUUUCAACUUAAUGACAGCGGUUGUCACAUUUUAGAGGGAAUCAUAACAUAACCUUAAACUUUGACGACUCGUCUUCGUGUUAAUAUUUAUUUUCCGUUCGAAUUUAUUGUUUGCUGUUUGUGUGUUGUGUGUAAUCAUGGAAAAUAUCGUAAAACGUGAACGUUCCACGAAUUUUAACAAAAGCGAAAUAAGAUUAUUGACUGAAUUGGUGGCAAAACACCGUACUAUAAUUGAAAAUAAGCAGACAGACGCCGUAACCAAUAAAGAAAAGGAAGCAGCGUGGAUAAAAAUCAGUUCAUUAUUUAAUGCGGCUACGGGAUUUACAGCGAGGAGUACCAAGAGCCUGAAGCUUAAAUAUGAAGGCAUAAAAAAGGAAACCAAAAAAACAUUGGCCAAACAUCGGCAAGAGCUGUACAAAACUGGUGGCGGGCCCUCUUCAGCCCCAGAGGUUACAGAUAUACAGGAGAGGGUUAUCGCGAUAUGUUCGAAUAUCAAUGGGCUGGAUGCUCGAAAUGACAGCGACAAAAUUCCAGAACCUUUAGAACUGGAAGAGACUGCUAAAGUUGACCCGCUAUCGUUGCCACUGCAAUCAUUAGAAAAUAAUUUAGUAAUUGUACCAUGUGAUGACGAUAUUCCGUGUACUUUAGAUCAAGAAGAGUUUUGCCCGCAACAGGAUUUAAAGGAGAAAGUUAACAGUGAAAUUGGAAAUGACAAGGCCUUUGAUGACUUUCAAUCUAUAGAGAUACAGGAUAUGGAAGUGGAUCAAACUGAAAAAGAGAAUAAGUGGUCUUCAUGGAAGCCAAAGGCUUUAAAAACUAAGAUUAGUCCAUACUUGAAAAGUAAUCAAAAAAUUACUAAAGUUGGAGUGACUGCAAAACUGGACCAUUUAACUGAAUCUCGCUUAGAGCUAGUGAAGCUCCAGAAGGAAAUUGCCAUAAAAGAGCAUGAGUUUGUCAAACAGGCACACUUAUUAAAAAUGCAGAACCUGCAUAAUGAUGAAAGAAGGAAGCAGGAAAUGCAUGAAGUACUAUUAAGUAAGCUCCGUACUGGUGUAAAUUAUGGAACAAGUCCUUUAGAAAUAAUAAAUAAAGAUUUAUAAAAUGUU